UGAGAUAAGCUGAAUUUUGACGUUGAGGUCGCAGAAUUUGUUGUCUGCUGACGACGACGCCGCCAGAAUCAGCAGUCAUGGUAGCUCACAUAGCAGCCACAUUGUUGACGGCCUUUAUGGUCUACACUGCAGUUCCUGGUUCUAGUCUGUUCUCCUGGCAUCCAACCUUGAUGACAGUAGCGUUUGUGCUGCUGAUGUUUGAGGCUAUCCUUGUGUUCUCUGGACAGAGCUCCAUGAUCCUGUCCCAAACACGUGCCUAUAAGGCCGAGGUGCACGCUUGGGUCAUGGGCGUAGCAGCAAUCUGUGCCUCCUGUGGCUUCGCAGCCAUCUACAUCAACAAAGACAUGAACCACAAAAACCACUUCACAUCAUGGCAUGGCUUCAUGGGCGUGCUCACCCUAUCCUACGUUCUCCUCCAGAUGAUCGGAGGAAUACUAUUAAAAUAUAGUGGUAUAUUACGCUGGUUAAACAUCCAGAUACGACUAGUUGAUUUAAAGUUAUACCAUGCUACAUCAGGCCUGGUUUUGUUUACAGCAAUCAGCGCUACCCUGAUUCUGGCAUUCUGGUCCGACUGGUUCAUCUCGCAGACCAACGUCUAUACAUGGUACGCAUGUUUCAUGGCCCUGUCCUGCAUGUCUAUGAUUGUGAUGCAGCAGAUCACCACUACCUACCUACCCCAGACUCGACGACCUGGGGUGGCCUUCAACAACACUCAAACACGCAAGCAGAAAAAACAAAAAUAAUUCUCAACAAACUAUAGGUUACAUGUAUAAAUUAUUCUAUUGUUUGUAAUUUUAA